UGAUAGAACAAUGGUUCAGCGUUUUUAAUAGCUAAGGUGUUGUGAUUUUUUUUAUUAAAUUGGCAACGCCGCGGAUACUGUCUUUUCCGUCUAAACAGCAAGAAUGAGGGUCGGUCUCUGCAUAUUCAGCGGUUUCAAGAUCUACCCAGGCCAUGGGAAAACGGCCGUUAAGGCCGAUGGCAAGGCCUAUACCUUCAUCCACAAGAAGGCUGAGAGGUCCUUCAACAUGAAGAGGAACCCCCGUGAGGUUACCUGGACCAUCCUCUACAGGCGCAAGAACAAGAAGGGUCAGGAUGAAGAGAUGGUGAAGAAACGCGCGCGGCGCACGCACAAGUUCCAGCGCGCCAUCGUCGGCGCCUCCCUCUCCGAUAUCAUGGCCAAGAGGAACAUGAAGCCCGAGGUGCGCAAGGCCCAGCGCGAACAGGCCAUCAAGGCCGCCAAGGAGAAGAACCGCGCCGCCAAGCAGGCCAAGGCGAAGGCCAGCGCCCAGACCAAGACCAAGGCGCCGAAGCAGAAGAUGAAGGUGCCCAAGGCCAAGACGAUGCCCAAGCAGGCGCCGCGUGUCGGAGGAAAGAGAUAAACGACCACCCUAUUUCAUUUUGCUGCGACGGUGACCUAAAUACAUCAAACAAAUUAUC